UUCAAUUUUACGGUUAGUUCCAUUAUUGUACUGACAACAUCAGACAAAGCCGAUAACAUGAAUAUUGUAGUAUUCGGUCUCAUAAUUAUUCUGGCAACCAACACGGAUUGUCUUCUACACCAAAAACCAGAAAACGUUCUUCAAGAAAAAACCCAAAAUGGAAUUUUUCUAAGAAAAUUACAAACGAUAAUUCGCAGUGGUUCAGAUGAAGAAGUAAAAUCUUUGUCGUGGAGUGAAAUUUUAGCUGAUAUCUUAGUGAAUAAAAUUGGUCUAUCUAAAAUUCUACCAAAAGAAAAUGAGCAAGUUGCAGAAAGUAAUGGGAAACAAGACAAUAUCUUCACUAAAAUAUGCAGUACAGUACUAAACGUUUAUAAACAUUUUGUAUACGACAAAUUCUUUCAACAGUCUGCUGAAGAUAUACCAACAACAACAAGUAAAAAUGAAGUUACCGAAAAGAAUAUCGAACUGCAAGAAAUAGAAUCGAAUACUACGGGAGUUAAUGAUUUUGAUGUAAUUACAAUUAACCCAGACGUGGAAAUUAUUGAACCUAAAUAUCAUGGAAAAUUAUGCAGUAAUUGUGAAACUCAAAAUGUUGAAAAGAAAGAAGUGACGACAAAAAGUGAUUGUUCAGAAGGUCUUGUGAAAGAUGUUAAUGGUAAUUGUGUGGAUCCUAAAUCAUUGAAUUACAUGAUAUCUAUACCUUAUCAAUGUCCUAUUGGCUACAGGCUUACUUGGUCUGGAUAUUGCAGACCAAUAUUUUAAAAGCAAUCCAAUUUCAGCUACUACUAAUAUAUAUAUUUUUCAUGUCAAGAAAAUGUUUACUACACCUCGUAUUAAUGUAAAACUAAAUAAAGACUGUAUCCAUUCAUAUC